GCCGUGUCCGCGUUUUCCGGAAGAGAGGGUGUGAAAGCAUGGGACGCAGCUCCUGACGGGAGCCGAUCCUGCCGCGCAACCUAGAGCUCCGAAAGCCCGUCGGAUCGUCCGCCGGUCGGCUGCGAGGAGAGGCGCGGAGCGGAGCGGAGCAUCCUAACGGGACAUCCCUCCGGAUCCCCUCCGGCGGAGAGCUUCCAGGAUCCCGUUUGGAGGGGGUUCAGCUGAGGACCGCAGGCCGGCUCAGGUCACAUUGAUGCUGCUGGGCGCUCCUCGGUUCUCCCGCGCCACGAUCACCCCACUCUGGACGCCAUGGCGAUGAACAGCGACCCGGGCUGCGAGAGGCUGGACCCCAUCUCCCCCGACCAGACGGGGAGUCUCACCGACAUCAUGGCCGCCAUGACGGCGAAUGACCCCGAAGGCUCGGCCGCCAACGGCGUGAAGAACGGAAAGGCUCAGCAGGAGGGCAUUCAAGGCAAGAGGGUCCAGGUGCUGCGACCUCACCUGUCCGGCAGGAAGCUGUCCCUUCAGGAGAGGGGCACCUAUCGGCCACAGGGGUCAGAGGGAGGCUACACACACAUCUCCCCUCGAGGGGCUCGCAGGCCCACGGUGGAGUCGAAACGGGUGUCCAUUUCAGACUCUCAGGAUUGCAUUCAGCUGAACCAGUAUAAGCUGAAGAGUGAGAUUGGAAAGGGCUCCUAUGGCGUGGUCAAGCUCGCCUACAACGAAGAUGACGACAAACAUUAUGCCAUGAAGGUGUUGUCCAAGAAGAGGUUAAUGAAGCAGUGCGGUUUUCCACGUCGGCCUCCCCCAAGAGGACCCAAGGCAGCCCAAGGAGAGCAGCCAAAAGUCUUAGGACCCUUGGAAAGAGUUUACCAAGAGAUUGCCAUUCUUAAAAAACUAGACCAUGUCAACAUUGUCAAGAUGGUGGAGGUGCUGGACGAUCCAUCGGAGGACAACCUCUACAUGGUGUUUGAGCUGAUGCGUAAGGGUCCAGUGAUGGAGGUGCCCACAGAGACUCCUUUCUCAGAGGAGCAAGCCCGGCAAUACUUCAGAGACAUCAUCCUGGGCAUUGAGUACCUGCACUACCAGAAGAUCAUCCACCGGGACAUCAAGCCGUCCAACUUGUUACUAGGAGAUGACGGCCAUGUGAAGAUUGCCGACUUCGGAGUGAGCAACCAGUUCGAGGGCAACGACGCUCUGCUGUCCAGCACUGCAGGGACUCCUGCUUUCAUGGCGCCAGAGACUCUGUCAGAGAAGUGCAAGAGCUUCAGUGGGAAAGCGCUGGACGUGUGGGCCAUGGGAAUCACCCUGUACUGCUUCGUGUUUGGGAAGUGCCCAUUUAUUGACGAGUACAUAUUGGCUUUGCACAAUAAGAUAAAGACCAAGCCUGUGGAUUUUUCUGAAACACCAAACAUCUGCGAAGAGCUGCGGACGUUGAUCCUGCGGAUGUUGGACAAGAACCCGGACACCAGGAUCACCAUUCCUGAGAUCAAGAUGGACCAGUGGGUGACCCAAGGAGGCACUGACCCUCUGCCUUUGGAGGAGGAGCACUGCUCCAUGGUGGAGGUGACGGAGGAGGACAUCCAGAACUCUGUGAAGUUCGUCCCCAGCCUCUCCGCUGUGAUCUUGGUGAAAGCGAUGUUGAGGAAGCGCUCGUUCAGCAACCCCUUUGAGUGCCCGAGCAGGCGAGAGGAGAGAUCCAUGUCUGCACCUGGCAGCCUGCUCAUGGACUCGUGGCCUUUGAGGCCCUCUUUAAAACUGCACCCUUCACGCAGAAAGAGCAGCGCGGGGGACGGGCCCAGAGAAGGAGAGCUGGAGGACCUCCAUGAAGAUGAGCCUUUCUCCUGAGGCGCGGCGGGAAGCCGAGCUUUCUGCUUUGACCACUGUGCGUUCACGCCUUCACCCAGCUCCAGUCAGUGCCACAGUAUAAACCGUGUACAUAAAGGGAUCUAUAAAUGUGAAAUAUCGCUCUCAGACGCUAACGCCAACACGGCUUGAUUUUAGAAAAUUCUUCCUUUUUUUCUGUUCCUUCUGGAUUUCUGAGCUCAACGGCUUCCAGGUGACACCGCUGACCCAGUGAGAACAGCUUUGUUCUCACUGGGUCCACUUGGUUGCACACUAAAGUUAAAAAGAAAAAAAAAGAAAUCUCUCUUUAUUUCUGUGCAUGUUUAUUAUCAGAUCAUCUGAUAAUAAUCUGGUCAACAGUUUCUCUCUGACUCCAGCAUGUUAACCACACUGGAUCGUCUCUUCAGUCAACCACAGGGCUUCUGGCUGCUGUUCAGUCUUUUUAAUAUUAGAGGCUGAUUCCUUGUUCCUGUCGCAGCCCUUUGUUUCUCACACCGGUGCCGUCGAUAACGUUUACAAGAAAGGCGGCGUGGAAAGCCUCCGUGCUGCCUUCAUGGACCAGUUCUACGACAGACGUCGAGCAGGAAGGACGCUGGCUUUGCUAUGCAUGCGCACAUUUUGAAUGGCACUGCCCCCUGCUGUCUGACAUGAAGUGACUCCAGUGAUGGCAGGUUAGUUCACGCUUCUGCGCCUACUUCUGCUGUCAAACACAAUCUCUGCUUUUAAUGUAAAUAACGGAGGACGUUUUAAAAUGCGGCAUUCUGAACGGUGGAUAGAAACAGAGAUGAGAACUCCAGGAGUGUUAUCAAAACUGUAAAUAUAUGAUGCAUACAUAUAUGAACGUUUUUUGUGUUUUUGCUCAGGAUUUUUUUUUUUUUUCCCCACUAGACAUUUCAGUGAGGGGUAUUUUUAAUUUUUUUUACGUUAAUUAAAAAAAAAGGGAAGCAGGUCACCUUCAGGUCCCAACAGUGUGUAUGCAAACGGUUAAACGUGUGCCAGUUCAUUAGGAUUCUUUCCUGUAUUUGCUAAGAAUAAAAGAAAAACCAAAAAAUGAUCUGUACACGCAUCACCAUAUCAUUCUGAGGUAUAGAGAAAAAUAUGUUGCUUUGCCAUUUUCAAAAACUGUUCCCUUACUGAACUGCUUGGCUGACCUUUGAGAAAAAAAAGUGUCAUAAACCAUAACAGAGAGGGAUGAGUGAAGGUAGUGAGCUUUACGGCCUCAUGAAGCGUGACAGAGGAGGAAAGGUACAGAUUUUUUCAUAAGUAAAGUUCACAGUUACUCAGGACAGUUGUAGUUUACUUGGUCUCCGCAGACUCAGCUGUUCAGUAGGGAUGUCCUAAUCCAAUCCCUCGAUCGGCUCUGAGUCCCAAUCAAUUUUUAAAACACCUGCAUCAGUCCCAAACUAAAAUAAGCCCCCAAAAGCUGUUGGAGUCUCAUGCUGCAGCCCAGUGAGGCGACCAGCUGCAAUUUGCAAACCCAGUUUUUAAAGUUUUAUUUUAGUGCAAAAGGCUUGUAGGAAAAAAACCCUUGUUUUCUAUACUGUAAACAUUAUUUUGUUCAUCUAAAAAAAUCAGGGUAUUCUGUAACAAUUAAGUAUUUUCCCUCUAUCUUGACUUAUGCCAUGAAAGAGAGACUGUAAUGUUUGUUGGUUUCCUUUGUGUUUCAGUCGUGAGAGAGCAGCAAAAAAAGCAGCUGAAACACAAGUUAUUAAAUUUUAUGACAUAAAAAAAAAAAAGGUUUAUAAAUCAGGAGAACUGUUUCCCAAAGUUUUGGCUGUAGAUAUUUCACCAGAAAAGCGUUGAAAUAUGUUACUAGACGAAUCAUAUCAAGCAUGCUAGCGUUAGCCUAGCUCUUGAGCUAAUUGCUGCACAGGGCAGCACCGUCAGCAGGGGCAAGACAGGCGACUAUUGUGGAAUCUAAAUGCAUUUGAGUCAGAUACGUUUCUUAGUAAUAAAUGAUAAAUAUUUACACGUCUUAGGUGAUUCUUCGUCAGAUGGGUUUAGCAGCCUUUUGGAACCAAGCGCAGCUCGUCGGAGUAGCAUAUGAAGACUGGGGAUAACAUUUCAGUCGAUGUGAAUUAAAACCGAUUCACAGUCAGUUUUCAAAUGACUCAUCAGUUUCUGGGACAAAAGAUCCAUAUGGACACAUCCCUCUUGCAUUGUUUGGGUAUUUCUUUCAUUUCACUGGACAGAUUUCAAGCAAUUCAGUGUAAAAUUAAAACUCUUUCCAGACCAGAACCUUCUGUCCAUUAUCCAGUGCAGCCAGUCACGUUCCUCCAUCUUGACCUCUGAAAUCUGCAUUAAUGAAACCAGAGAAAACACACUGAAAGUGAUUCCUGUAGUUUUAUGCUCAAGGGUUGACACAGAUUUUAAAGACACUCCAUUUUCUCACCAAGCAGGUAAUGGAGACUGGAUAAUACGUUUGCAGUUUUGACCUUUAAUUUGAGUUUGUGCUUGCAGGGUGUCCUCUAAAGAAGGGCUCUUGAAACCAAAAAAGUGUGACCAGCUGUGAUGUAUUUGUUUGCUUUUGAGAUUCACAUCAUUCUUUCACAUUUUGUACAUUUCUCUAAAUUGGCAGUGGUGUGUUUCUGUGCAGACGGCUGUGAAAUUGUCCACGCGUUUUUGUCUCGUUGCACUGCAAGAGAUCACUCGUGUUGCUUUCUCUGGAAUCUAUGUUUUAGUAGAACAGAAACGCAGCUCACAUUGAAAUGAAACGAUUGCACUUUCAAACACACAACUUCGUCUGCAGCCUGCCAUUAUAUACAGUUGCCAUAAUGUACAGUUUCUGAGCUGAUGGUUCACCUGUAAAAGACCAUAUUUACUGUGCUUUUUUUUUCCUCCGGUCAGUCUGCAUGUUGCAAUUGUGUCAUCUACUGUUUGAGAAAAUUUAGCAAACUGCUUUUUCUUUGUAUAAAAACAACAUAUAGCAAAAACACUGCAUUUUAACUGCUGUUUUUGAUGUGUAUGUUCAUAUUGGGGAAAAAUGUGAAUGUUGUAAAACAAGGGCAAACUUUUAUUUAUUUCUUUUUUUUUGUCUUUCCUGCUGAAAUUAUGUAAAUUAAAACAUUGAGCAGGGUGCAGAGUACAGGAGUCACCAGAGGGGGCAGCAUAUAGUUUGAGAAUCUUCUAUGAUCAAAUCCAAAUACAGCAUUUUUUUUUUUUUUACCGCUUCGUUUAUUACACCUCCUGCAUUGGUUCUUCCUUGUUCACCAUCUUGUCUGAAGCUACAGAUUAAUCCAAGAGGAGUCGGGCCAAAUUUACCAUCUAAAAACAACUUAAGUAUUAAAGGUGUCAAGAGAGCACCAUUUUAAAACGAUGAGAACUAUCAUUCCUUUUACAUACGCAGAAGCUGAUGAGUAUUCACACAAGAAACGGAGAUGGAAAGCAGUGCGGCCUCAAUAAUUUUUCUGUAUUAAACACAAACUCAAAAUGGAAGAUGUAAAGAUCAAUAAAAUCUAUAUCGGAAGCACAAUAAAACUUCACCUUUUUCAAGAAAUGUACCGUCAUUUCAGUCACUCUGACAGUGAUGCUUUAUGGGGUUCCUUCUGAGGAAUUGUUUCACACAGGAAGACCAUUGGUGGCGCACCGACUCCAAAAAUCUAUUCCCAUUGGAAUUAUGAGAAUGCAUAUAUACACUAACAAUACAAGUUAGGGAGUUUUGGAAACUGUAGUGUUUAUCUUAAAGGAAUAGCUUUAUUUGUUUUUUUUAUGUUAUAUAAAGCUGCUAACAGUGAGGGUUCCCUUAUCCAUAAUAGAGAGACAUUAUAUAGAAACAUGGUGAGUCAGAUGGGCACCAAAGUUGUAGCUGGAAUUGGCUACAUAAAACAACUCAAACUAAAAAUACUCACAUCCAUGAGUUGCAUCAUAUUCAAAUCUACAUUUUGAAGAUGCGGCUGUUUUAGUGCCGUUUUCUGAUCAUCUUUGACUGACCAGAAAAGCACAGGAAGCAGAUGUAUUGCAGCCAUAUUCUGUCUAAGCUAAUUACCAUGUUUUAAGUGUAUAAGUUUUAAUAUUUGCUCGCAUAGCAAUGUAUCCCACAGGUGUGAGCACUUUCCGUAAGAAUUUUUUCGUUUGCUUAAAUUAGCUAAAUAAACGUGUCUCUUUGUUUUAAGUAAUUUGUACAUGAGCCACUUUUCAGUUUAAACUAAAACUUCUUAGGAGGCGAUAAUGCACUGGCUUGUAGUAAGAAGAAAAGAAUAAAGAAUCAAAUGUAGCUGCAUUUUAGCUACAAAUGUGCACAAAACUUUGCCGAUAGUCCACUCGUCUUGAAAUAACAUGAUUUCGCUGCAUUUUCAUUAAACACAAUUAAGAUGACAUAUAAAUGUCUUUCUUCACCCGAUAACUUUAAAAACAUGCUGCGCUGUCGUCCUCCUACUUCCUGUUGUCUUUUCUGCCAGUGACAACAUCUGGUUAUUGAUCACAUAACUUAUGUGAUGUGAAAAACGUUUCCAUCCCAGUUUUGCGAAACACAAAUUUUUGUAAUUCCAGUUUGUGCAAUAGUUGAUGGAAACGCAGCAUGUGAGACAUCAAGUCUGAAUUGUACUCAUUCCUUUCUCACUUACUACAAACUGACUACAAUAUGACACAGGAAGGGAACUGUCGCUUAAAACAUCACAGAACUGUAAGGAAAAUCAAAACUGUCCCUUUAAGAUCUUUGUUGCUGUCCUGCUGUGACCGCCGUCUGUGCCUGCUCUCUGUUUGAUGCCGGACUCUUAUCUGAAUGUACUCCAAUAAAUGAAAGCAUGGCACAUCCCUGUGGAAUGCAAUUACAAUGUAAAUAUGUACCAAUAUAAACAAGCUAUUUUUUUUGCAUGCUUUUUGUACUCCUCAACAGUAAAACAUUAAAAAUAUUCUCUAAA